ACCACCCUUUUCACUGAUGGUCUCCUCAUCUCGCUCUUUGCUGCAGUACUCCUCAUCAAUCUUCUGCUUUUAAUUUCAUGCCUGCAAAGUGUUCGACUUUUAACCCCGUGCAGCCUCUUUGCUUCAUUGUUUCUUUCAAAUCCCUACUCCUUUGAAAGUGGUCAACUUUUAGGCUCCAACCCCAGUUCACAAAUGUUAUUUGAGGUAAAUGCAUGGAUCGAAGGGAUGCUAUGACAUUAUCUGGGUCUUCAUCUUAUUAUAUACAACAAAGAGGAAUAACUGGGUCAGGGUCUGGAGCACAGGCUACUUUACACGGAUCUCCUCCAGGCCUGCAUUCGUUAUCUAAUCUGAAUGUUCAAUAUCAUUCAAGCAUCAAUCCCAUUGGAUCAACAUUACCUGUUGAGCCUUCGACUGCAAUUUCGCCCCACAGCAAUGUGGCUGCAUCUUCUGCAGUUCCACUAGGCGAGACUGUGAAACGGAAAAGGGGAAGGCCCCGGAAAUACGGCCCUGAUGGGACUGUGUCAUUGGCAUUGGCUUCUUCACCAGCUACACAUCCCGGACUUGGAGCAGCAACACCAAACCAAAAGCGGGGUAGGGGUCGACCACCAGGAUCUGGAAGGAAGCAGCAAUUAGCUUCACUUGGUGAAUGGCUCUCUGGCUCGGCUGGAAUGGGUUUUACUCCACAUGUCAUCACCAUUGAAAUUGGAGAAGACAUCGCAGCAAAAAUAAUGGCAUUUUCACAGCAAGGGCCAAGAGCAGUGUGCAUCUUGUCAGCCAAUGGAGCAGUCUCCACUGUAACUCUAACUCAGCCAUCAUCUUCUGGUGGCACUGUCACAUAUGAGGGGCGAUUUGAGAUAUUAUGUCUGUCAGGCUCAUACCUUCUCACCAGUAACAGUGGUCCUAGAAAUCGAACUGGUGGUCUUAGUGUCUCCCUUGCUAGUCCUGAUGGUCGAGUCAUUGGUGGAGGUGUUGGGGGAAUGCUUAUUGCAGCAAGUCCAGUGCAGGUGAUAGUGGGGAGUUUCUUAUGGGGUGGUUCAAAAACAAAGAAAAAGAAAGUGGAUGAUCAAGUUAUCAAGGACCCAGAGGAUCAAACUGUUGACAAUCCGUUCACUCCAACCAGUGUUGUGCCGAGUCAAAAUCUCUCUCCAUCUCCAACAAGUGUAUGGCCUGGUGCACGAUCAAUUGACAUGCGAAGCACACAUGUUGACAUUGAUCUAAUGCGUGGAUGAUGAUUCACCCUUAUAUUAUGAAUGAGCAGUGUAAAUACUUUGAUGUCUUGAGGCCACAUGAAUGUAAUUCUCCAAAAUCCCACGGCCAUAGGAUACAGACAAGCUGAUUCUUGGCUUGAUGAUUCUGUUCUGACCUUUACAGGAAAUGGGAUUCUGUACUUGUAUCUGUAGUUUAAUGAUUGAAAUGAUUUGAACAUGAUCAAUGAGAUUUCAGUCAGCAUCAUCAUAUUUAC